AUGUUCCUUCCUGUGAAGUGCUAAGUGAUUAUUGAUUGUGUUCAUUUUGUUUGAAUAAAAGUUGUAUAGUGUUGAUAAAUAUACUACUAUCUACAUUGAUUUUUUAAUUGUAUUUUACGGAUAAGUUUAGUACCGAUAAAUUGCUCAGGUUAGAUUGGGCCAAAACAAAUUGAUUCCGCCAAUAACAUUCUGCUGCUAUACAAAACAAAUUCACAGAACGGCCAGCCAUUGGUUGAAAUACUGAACGCAUUAUCGCUCCUCCGAGCUUAUAAAUAUCAGCGUGAACGCGCGCCGGGCCUCUUUUCCACAGUAUUAAUUCGAGGGGAGUUUGUCGUGUUAUUUUAGUGAGCUAACUCUAAAUUCAGGAUGCCGGAAACAUCAAAAAUGAAUGGAUAUGCCAAAACAAACGGACAUAGUUAUGAUAUGGAAGAUGGAUCAGUGUUUCUAUUCACAUCAGAAUCUGUUGGCGAGGGUCAUCCAGAUAAAAUGUGCGACCAAAUUAGCGAUGCUAUAUUGGAUGCUCAUUUGUCUCAAGACCCUGAUGCAAAAGUCGCUUGUGAGACUGUGACAAAAACGGGAAUGGUGCUAUUGUGCGGCGAAAUCACAUCUAAAGCUAAUGUUGACUAUCAAAAGGUUGUUAGAGAGACAGUCAAACAUAUUGGAUAUGAUGACUCUUCCAAAGGUUUUGAUUGGAGAACACUAAAUUUGUUAGUGGCAAUUGAAGAACAAAGUCCCAACAUAGCUGAGGGUGUUUAUCAAGAUAGAGAUGAAUUGGAUAUUGGGGCUGGAGAUCAGGGCUUAAUGUUUGGCUAUGCUACUGAUGAAACUGAAGAAUGUAUGCCAUUGACAGUGGUACUUGCUCAUAGAUUAAACCAAAAAAUCGCUGAACUUAGACGAAAUGGAGAGUUUUGGUGGGCACGACCUGACUCUAAGACUCAGGUGACAUGCGAGUACAAAUUUGCUGGUGGAGCGACAGUCCCUCGAAGAGUUCACACUGUUGUGGUGUCACUCCAACAUUCUGAGAAGAUAACUUUGGAAACUCUACGUGAAGAAAUCCGAGAGAAGGUGAUUAAUGAAGUCAUUCCAGCGCAAUAUUUGGAUGAGAAGACAGUGGUGCACAUCAAUCCGUGCGGUCUCUUCAUAAUUGGUGGACCACAGUCGGAUGCUGGUCUCACAGGGCGCAAGAUCAUCGUGGACACAUACGGCGGGUGGGGAGCGCACGGAGGCGGCGCCUUCUCCGGCAAGGACUUCACCAAAGUGGAUCGCUCGGCGGCGUACGCUGCUCGCUGGGUCGCCAAGUCACUCGUCAAGGCGGGGCUCUGCAGACGCUGCAUGGUGCAGGUCGCGUAUGCUAUCGGUGUGGCCGAGCCAUUGUCCAUCACCGUGUUCGACUACGGAACAUCACACAAGACACAGCAACAACUUCUCUCAAUUGUACAGAAGAACUUUGAUUUGAGACCAGGAAUGAUUGUCAAGGAAUUGAACCUGAGGGCGCCGAUCUACCAGAAAACAAGCACAUACGGCCACUUCGGGCGACAGGGCUUCCCAUGGGAGACACCGAAGACCCUCGUGGAGUGACUCGAGCUACUCCAGCCUAGAUUAUUGUUGUAAAUAUUUCACCAGUAUCAUAUAACACUUGUAUGUGUGUUGCGUAGUGAGAGGUUGCCGUCUCUCUAUAGACUUAUUAUGUAACCCGGGCCCGCACGCGGUGCGGCUCAACCUAAGUUAAGUAUUCGUUUAGUUUGAUAGGCGCAACGGUGACGUCAUUUCUGAAUUUGAGUUAGUUCGAGAGUUCCUAACCAAGCAGUUCGUAAAACCUGAUUUAUAAUAUAUUUUUAAAUAGAUCAUGAUGAACUAAAUGGACAUUUUAUUUUUGUGAAAGAUGAACUGUUUGUAUUCUCGAAUGUGUUUACGUGUUUGUUAGUAAGCGCUACAAUGUCGGUAUCGUAUGCUGUUUCUCUGUUUGUGUCACAGUGGAGCGAGUGAGGACAAGACUAGUUUUGAUUUUACUCACUUCACUGCAAAUUUAGUACUGACCGAUAAGAUGACUUAUUUUGAAGUAACAGUGAGACCAGUAUCGGUCUCACUGAAUUAUAUUGGGAUUAUCCUAUAGUAGUGGCUGUUCUAAAGUAGGUAAAUAGAUAUCUAUCGUGCAGUACAAUUUGUGUUGUGUUUACGAAAAGGAUACAACGUGGAAAAGAGCCAUUUCGAAAACACACCGACCCAUUCGGGGAAGUAAGUGAACAAUGCAUUUACAAUGCUGCCGAUUACUAGAUAAUUAUAUAUAUACUUGAACUAUGUAAAUAGAGAUUUAGAAUAUCGAUAAUACUAGUUCGGGUAUUAAUAUUUGUGAUUGUAUUUUUCAAUCUGUUUCCACCGUUUAAACUCUGGAUGUCUGUGGAAUUUUCAAUUUGUCAAUGUGGAAUUUCAAAUAAAUUGUGUUCUUGACCAUAUUGAGAACUCUAAA